AUGGGUGAGACAAGGGCGCAUAUGCGGAUUGAGGGCUCCGCACUACAAGCUUUAUGCUGCCAGCUGUGCAGCAAUGAAGACUUCACGACGGUAAGCUGGGAAGCAGGUGACAUCGAAUUUCGUAUGGCGUCGAUGUACUUGGCCCACGAAGAACCCGUACCACCACAACUGUUGGUGGAUUUGAUAACGGACAGCGAAACCUCCAAAAGCAGACUAAUACUGGGUGGUGACGUGAAUGCACACCACUCUGUAUGGGGAAGCUCGGAUAUCAACGAACGUGGAAAAUCUACAGAGACGGCCCUAAACUCACUGGUCACAUCAAUUGAAAGCUCAUUUGAGGUUAAAGAUUAUUCACUGGCAGCCUUUUUAGAUAUCGAAGGAGCUUUUAACAACAUCCUGCCUAAGGUCAUAACGAACACGCUGUCAGACCUGCGCAUCUCCGGAACCUUUGUGAAUUUCAUUGAACAGUUGCUUACGAGCAGAUUUCGUGCAAAAUUCGAUGAGAUGGGGCUAAUGGAGUCACAAAUAUAUAAUGUAGAUGAAACCGGAUUAUUUUACCGUUGUUUACCUGACAAAACAUACGUCUCUCUUUUCGAGAAAACCGCCCCCGGGUAUAAAAUCCAGAAGGAACGAAUUUCAGUGUUACUUGGUGUAAAUGCUGAUGGAUCACAUAAAUUAAUGCCAUUAGUAAUUGGAAAAGCAAAAAACCCAAGAAGUUUCCAAGGAUUCAAUAAUCCACUCCAUUACAACUUUUCAAAAAAUGCUUGGAUGACAUCUCGGAUUUUUCAUGAUUGGUUUCUCAAGAUAUUUAUUCAUGAGGUGAUUCGUUUCUCUCAGGCAAAUAAUUUGCCUCCGAAGGCAAUUUUGCUAAUUGACAACUGCUCUGCUCAUGCACCAAUUGAGAAACUUCAAAGCGACGAUGGAAAUAUAAUUGCAUUUUUCUUUCCACCAAAUGUAACAGCAACUUUACAACCAAUGGAUCAGAAUCCUAUUAAGUUAACCAAGCUAAACUACAGAAGUAUGCUUCUUUCUCAAUUAAUUGCUGAAGGAGGUGACCUCAAGGUUCGUUUGAAAUCCUUUUCAAUUCGAAAUGCAAUCAUGCUAUUAAAGCAAGCUUGGUAUGAUGUUCCAGAAAGAGUAAUAAAAAAGUCCUGGUCAAAGUUGAACAACUGGGACUCUGAUCAGUAUGAAAGUGAUGACGAUGAUGUGCCACUAGCACAGCUACUGCAAAAAGAUCAAGACUGCAAUGGAGCUCUUCAGGCAGCUCAAGCACUUUUAACAGAAAUAGAGCCAACUAAUAACAUUAGCAUACCAGAAAUUGAAAUAUGGAACAAUGAUGUGCUUGAUGACGACCCUGCACAUGAUCUCAAUAGCGAUGAUGAGUCUUCAGGUAGCAGCGAAUUUGAUGACCGGGAGGUCCUACCAGUUUUCUCUACUUCUACAGCCAUUGAAAGCGUCAAUAAUUUAAUAAAAUGGUGUACUUAUAGUGAAUCGUUUUCCGCAAAGCACACAAGCAAUCUGCUAGCUCUUCGCAAUGAGAUUGUUAUUGCAGAAACAAAUAAAAGGAAGAAGCAAACAGCAAUAACAGACUACAUGCCUGCAAAUUAG